AUGAAGAGGGAUGCAGAGACUCUGUCCAGGAAGAAGGCUAUUCAUCCCAAAGGCGAAGCCGCAAAGGCUAGAAGGAGCGUUUUAGAAGCCAAGCGCAGGAAUCGCGAGGCUCGUGAAAGAGUAGACGAGCAGUGGCAUGAUGCGGAAGGCAACAAGGCCCACCGGGCGGCCAAGAAACGAGAGGAAGAGGCCAAGAAACGGGGUGAGGCGGCUGCCCGGAAAGCCAUGACUGACAGGUUAGCCGAGCAGGAAGCAAGGGAUCUACAGAAGACCUUGAUGAAGAAGCCAUCUCCUAAGAUCUCCCAGGAGGAAGCCCAGUUGCGUAGAAGGAAGGAACUUGAGCAGCAGCAACGGUGGCAGGAGGAGUAUAUGAAGAAGUUAAUAGAGGAAGAGGCAAAGAGGAAGCAAAGCCGUAUUGUGGAUGAGGAGGAGUAUAAAAGGAUGGUUCAUGUAUCAAAUAAGAAUCGUUGGCAUGAGUCGGUUAUGGAGGAAAAAAGAAUUGAGGAAGCCAUUGGUCAGAUUAGGAUGCAGGAAUAUUGGCCUACAAGGAUUAGGCAUGGCAUGAAGCAAAUCAAGGCUACCCACCCCGGGAAAUCAAGAAAAGCUUUAGUGUGUCUCGCCGGAAAUGAUGGACAGAGAGCUCUGUUGGUUGAUGCUGGUGGGAUUUAUUCGAAUAGAUCCAAUUUAGAGUUUUACGAAUAUUAUUCCCUUGACGAUUUAGAGGGUUUUGAAGAUCCCAUUGACGAUUAUCAGAAUUUUUACUAUUAUUAA